AUGGAUGAAGAAAGUCUGGAAGCAUCCAUCCAGACCUACAAUGCCCAGCUGCAGCAAGUGGAGCUGGCUUUAGGGGCAGGCCUGGACCCUUCGCAGCAGUCGGACUUGAUUCAGUUGCAGGAAGACUUAAAGCAGCUGAUAGAACUGACUGAAUCCAGCCUGGUAUCUGUUAAAAAGAGCAAACUUCUGGCUACUUUAGAUACAAAUGCCACCUCUUCCCCAGCAGAUGAGGAGUAUGCUGCUUUCAAGGAAGCCAUUGCUGAGCUUGGAACCGAAGAGGAGCCUGCAGCUGAUAAGGAUGAGUUAUCAUCAAAGAGAGAUGAAGAAACUGAUGACAAAAAUGAAUCAAAGUACAGUGAAGAGGAGGAGGAGUCUGAUAGGGAGGAGGAGGAGUUGAGUGGGAUGAAGGUUAAAGCCCCCUACUACAGUUCUUGGGGUACCCUGGAGUACCAUAAUGCCAUGAUUGUGGGGACGGAGGACCUGGAAGAUGGCAGUGCAGGAGUCAGAGUGCUGUAUCUCUAUCCAACGCACAAGUCUCUGAAGCCGUGCCCGUUCUUCUUGGAUGACAAAUGCAGAUUUAAAGAGAACUGUCGGUUUUCACAUGGUCAGGUGGUGGCUGUGGACGAGCUUCAGCCGUUCCAGGAGCCCAAUCUGAGCUCGCUGGAGGUGGGCUCCGCCUGCCUGGCAAAGCACAGCGAUGGAAUAUGGUACACGGCCAAAAUAACCGACAUCGACAGCGGGUACUACACCGUGAAGUUUGAUUCCCUGCUGCUCAAGGAAGCUGUUGUGGAAGGAGAUAGUGUCAUUCCCCCGCUGCGAAGUGAAGAUGGUGCCUCAUCUGCUGACUCUGAUGAAGAGAGUGUUGAUGAUUCUGGUUAUGCUAAAGUGAUAGAUUCGGGAGCUCCAGAGAACGGGGAGUGGGCUCCGGCGUGCAGUUCCUCUUUCGGUGGCUGGGAAGCCCAUACUCGUGGGAUCGGCUCCAAACUGCUUGUUCAGAUGGGAUACCAGUUUGGAAAAGGGUUAGGGAAGAAUUCCGAGGGCCGAGUGGAGCCGGUGCAGGCUGUGGUGCUUCCUCGAGGGAAGUCCCUUGACCAGUGUGCUGAGGUGCUUCAGAAGAAGAAACAGGGGAAGUUGGACUCAGGGAAAUCGAGGAAAUGCCGAGGAAAGGGAAGCAGCUCCGGACAAUCCCCUGCGGGCAGCCGCAAACCUCCCCGCAACGUCUUUGACUUUUUGAACGAGAAGCUGCGAGGGAAGAGUGCUGGGGAGAAGGCAGGCGGGAUGGCACUGCCGGAGCGGAACAGCAAGGAGAUCUACCACGCCAGCAAGAGCACCAAGAAGGCCCUGAGUGUCCGCCUCUUCCAGACGAUGGAGAAGAUUGAACAAACGCAGAGGGAUAUCCGGGGGAUCCAGCAGGCCCUGGCGCGCAAUGUUGGACGGCACAGCGUGGCUGCAGCCCAGCUGGAGGAGAAGCUGGCUAAUGCGCACAAGCAGCUGGGGCAGCUGCAGGCCCAAGAAGCCAGCCUGCAGCGGGAGCAGAAGAAGGCAGACACGCAUAAGAAGAUGACUGAGUUCUAA